AUGGGCGUGCUGGCGCUGGGCCGCCACCAUCUCCUACCUGGGCCGUGGCUGGAGGAGUACGACGCCAUCGGCCUCACACCCGGCGCCCUUUUCAUGCUGGCCGUGGUGCUGGCCUGCGUCAAGCCUCCGCGGCGUCGCGGCCGCGCCGCCGAAGGCGCCAUGGCUCGGCUGACCUCCGCCCGCGCCACUUUGGCCGCGGCGACCAUCGUGGCGGGCGUGCUGGGCAGCAUCUCCUGGACUCCCAUCUACCCUUCCAGCAACAUGUGCAAUAUUACGUUGGACAGUCAGAUCCUGGAGUCUUCGUCCGGGAAGAAAUACGGCCAGAUCAAGACGCCGGUGCUGUCAGGACCAGUGUAUUGUUGGUACAUUUUUCGAGGCGAGCUGGGAGCAAGAAUUGAGAUACAAGUCUACAGGAUGGUGCGUUCUGGCAAGUGGAAAAACGGGUGUACCGGGGGCGGCCUGACCUUCCUGCCAGGCACCCGACUCAACGCCUCUUCAGAGACAAGUCUGAAGGUGUGCGGGGAGAACAGCCGCUUCUCACCUCCGGUCACCCUGCUGCUGGACACGGAUCGAGCCGUGCUGGAGUACAGAGUGCUGGAGCGCUCGGAGCGGUCGCUCUUCAUGGCCUUCUUCAGCUUCUCCCCGCGGAACAGCCCGCACGUGGGGGUCCGCAGCCGCGGCGGUCGGCCCGUACCGCACACAGAGUGCGACUGGCUGUACCAGGACACGGACUGCGCCCUGAAGGACUCCUGUGUUCUGGCGUCACCUGGAUAUCCAGGUCAGUCGGGCGGCCCGCCAAGUACUGCCGUCAAGCCUCCGCGGCGUCGCGGCCGCGCCGCCGAAGGCGCCAUGGCUCGGCUGACUCCGCCCCCGCGCCACUUUGGCCGCGGCGAGACCAUCGUGGCGGGCGUGCUGGGCAGCAUCUCCUGGACUACUCCCAUCUACCCUUACCAGCAACAGUGA